AUGUGCGAGCCAACACUGACCGGGUCUUUUGGCCUGGCUCCAACGCCACCACCACUUAAUGAACAGGUAGUGAAGUGUCCGCUAUGUUUGGAACCUUACCGUGAGCCAAAGGUUCUUGCUUGUUUUCAUAGUUUCUGCAAAUCAUGUUUGGAACGUCAAAUAGAUGGAAAUUGUGCAGAAAAAAUAGUAUGUCCACAGUGUCGUGUGGAAACACAAUUAUCUAUACAACUUGGUAUAAAUAAUUGUUAA